GAACUAUGAAUCUUGGAGGAGGAGAGGUGUAACUAGAGCUCCUCUCGUCAACGAUUUUCUUUGCAGAGGGAGAAACUGAUUUUGUCUCCCACCAGUCACAACACAGGUUAAGAACAAAGCCAGCGGGCAAAGCCUGCCCCCUACCCCGCUCCUUCCUGUAACAAGAGUAGGUCUUGGGGGCGAGCUCUGGGACCGCACCGAUCUGGAAGGACUGGGUAACCCGGAGCUGCCUGACCACAGUGGCGAGAGAGCUCCGGGAGGGCAGGCCUGGACGCCACCUCCACAAGCCUUGGGAUUUGCUUCCGAGAGGGAGAUCCGCCAGGACAGACCACGACUCGACCGCUGAGCAGUGUUUUCCACCAGCCAUUUUCACCAUAGUGCUUCUGCCUUAGUGCCAGCCAAUCACAGACUGAACCCACUGGAAAAUGUAAGCCAGGGCUACAGAGAAGUUACACAGACAGAUCUAGCUCCUUCUGCUGUUCCUUGAGGCUUUAGACAUAGAAAUCUCAACAUGGCUCCUUAUCAGAUUCGCAAGUAUCGGGAGAGUAACCGAGAGACAGUCCAGGACUUGUUUGCCAGUGGCUUGUUGGAGCACAUCCCAGCCACCUUCUGCCACACACUGAUUCUACCCCGAACCCUUCUGUUCAUGCUUGGGUUGUUUCUCUCUAUAUUCCUGGUCUCUGGUUCCUGGUUCCUGGUCAUUGUGUCUGGCCUCAUUAUGCUCAUCUUCCUCUGGUUCCUUGCCGGCUAUACCUGGAAGAAACGUGUGAAACAAAGUUUGGUCACAGACCUGGUUGACAUCACCAAAUCUUAUCUGAGUGCAUGUGACUCCUGUUUCUGGGUGGCAGAGUCUGAGGGGCAGGUGGUGGGUACUGUGUGUGCUGUGCUGGAGAAGAAUCCCCCACCAGGGAAGAAGCAAAUGAGGAUGUGUCAUCUCUCUGUGUCCCUUGAGCACCGAGGAGAAGGACUAGGGAAAGCCUUGGUCAGGACUGUCCUCCAGUUUGCCCGGGAGCAGGGCUGCCAUGAAGUUGUCCUUUCUACCAGUAUGCUGCAGUAUGCUGCCGUGGGCCUCUACCAGAGCAUGGGCUUCCAGAAGACAGGCCAUUCCUUCUAUACCUGGUUGUCAAGGCUGAGGGGUACCCCUUUAUUGCAUUUCACAUACCAGUUCCCUUCUGCCCAGGAUGGAGGCCUGUGACCUCUUGCCUUGUGUAUCAUUCAGGAUGUGAUCAACUCUGCUGUAGUAUCAAGCAGACCCUGACAUCUCAGUGAUAUAAGCAAUCAAAAUACAUUGCUUGUGCACACCUGAAUCUACUGUAUUUGGUAAUAGGAUGAUUCUACCUUUCUGGGGUGGUUUUGUGUACCUAAUACCAUGGCACUAUUGUAUAAAAAAUACACAAACAAUAAUCAAGCUUUAUUGAACUUAUGAGUCUACCAGCAAUUUCUUUUUUUAAUUUGAUAUUACCAUCAACAGAGAGAACCAUGGUUAGUGAAGUCUAAACGUUAACACUUUUUAAAAGCUGUCAAAUAUGAUACAUACUACACAAUACAAAAACAAAAUUUCAACAUUUAAUUAACAAACCAUGGACUCCUCCAGGAAACUUUCAUUUUUUCUAUUAUCUAAUUUUAUUUUUCUAUUCAUUUAUAUUUUGCAUUUCUCAUAUAAGAGAAGCCAUGUAAUAUUAUUCUUGAGUGUCUUUUGAUUUAACAUUAUAGUCUCAAGAUGUAUCCAUUUCUCUACAAAUGACUCAAAUUUAUCUUUAUGACAAAGGAGUACUCCAUCUUGUAUAAAUAC